CAAGCAUCAUUGACAAAGCUCUUACCCAAAUUUCACUCAUUAAAUUAAGAAAAAAAAUACAAUUAAGGGAUAAUACAGCCAACUGUUUUGUUAAUCUUUCCCUCUUGCUUCAACUCCACACUCUCAAAUGCCAACAAAAUUCAUCUCUUUCCCACAAAAUCUAAUCCAAACAUCAAAAUUUUCUUCAUCUCCUAAACUUUCCCAUCUAUGAUCUCAAAAACCCAAUUUCUAAUUUCUACUAAUCUUUUUUUUCUUGUUCUAAUUUCAACACUCGAAACAGAGGCUAAAUGUUCAAAAUCUUGCAAUUCCAAACAGACCCCUUACGAUUUCCCCUACCCAUUUGGCUUCUCCGCCGGCUGCCCAAUCCGUCUGAACUGCAGCCACGACGGCGCCGCCAUGAUCGGAGAAUUUCCUGUUGAAUUUAUCAACUCCGAUCACAUUAAAGUCGUAAUCAAAGCUAAAUGCAACCGCCGGUUCCACACAAUUCGCCAAUUCUUUAGCCCCCAUUACGCUCCAACGGCCAAUAACGCCCUUCUUUUACAGAACUGUUCGUCUCCGAUUUCGACUUGCUUUUUACCGACGACGAUGGUUCAGACCAAAUUUGAAUCCCCCAAUUGCUCUGUGGAUCGCUCUAGUAUAAGCUGCUAUACCCAAAACGCCACCGCUUCCGCUGGUUUCUUGAACUUCAAAAACCUCACCGGAACCCACUGCGAUUAUCUUCUGUCGUCGAUUUCCGCGGAGGAGCUCAACAGCAACAUCUCCGCCGUAAUUUCUCUGGAAAUUCAAACGGUGGAUCUCGGGUGGUGGCUGCAGGGGGGCUGCCACCGCUCCUGCCAUGAAGAUGCUAACUGUACGGAGCUUAAAUCGCCGAGUAAUGGGACUGUCUCUUAUACACAUCUAGAUGUGUAUAAAGACAGGUAUUUGGCCGGCACCGGCUGCCGGAAAGCUUCAAAUUGCUACACCACCAAGUACGUUAUCGGCGAAUGCGGAACAUCAACAACAGCCACAAGAACCGCCAUCCUCAUCGGAACCGUGAUCGGCGGAGCCGCCGUACUACUUUCUCUCGGUUUAUUCUGCUGCUUUAUCCGCCGUCGUUCCAAUCUCAAAUCUAUACACCUCAACAAAAUCACCAAACGCCGCCUCUCGGAAGCCACCGCUGGCGCCGGAAAAUCCACUAUCCACCUCUACACCUACAAAGAGAUCCAAAAAGCCACCCACAACUUCUCCGACGAUCACCGCCUCGGUACCGGCGCAUACGCCACCGUCUACGCCGCAAAAUUACGCAACGGCGAAUGGGUCGCAAUCAAACGCCUUAAAAAUCGAGACCCCGACACCAUUCAACAAGUUCUUAACGAAAUCAAUCUCAUCUCCUCCGUCAGCCACCCUAACCUCGUUCGUCUCCUCGGCUGCUCCAUGGAAUCCGGCGACCAAAUCCUCGUCUACGAAUUCAUGCCCAACGGCACUCUGUCUCAACAUUUACAGAAACAGAGAGGCACCGGCCUCCCCUGGCUCGUCCGCCUCAACAUCGCCGUCGAAACCGCUAACGCAAUUGCCCAUCUACAUUCUGCAAUUAACCCUCCGAUCUUCCACAGAGACAUCAAAUCCAGCAACAUACUACUCGAUCAGAAUCUCAAAUCGAAAGUAGCGGAUUUCGGGCUUUCAAGAUUGGGUAUGGCCGAAAUUUCCCAUAUCUCGACAGCUCCUCAAGGGACACCGGGGUAUCUCGAUCCGCAAUACCAUCAAGAUUUUCAUCUCUCCGACAAGAGCGACGUGUACAGCUUCGGCGUGGUCCUUGUGGAAUUGAUCACCGCCAUGAAAGUGGUGGAUUUCUGCCGGCCGAAAGACGAGGUAAAUUUGGCUACGCUGGCCGCCGAUCGAAUUGGGAAUGGGCGGCUGAGUGAAAUUGUGGACCCAUUGAUGGAGAUGGAGGGAGAUGAAUGGGGGAUUUCGUCGGUGGAGAAGGUGGGGGAGGUGGCGUUCAGAUGCUUGGCGUUUCAAAGGGAUGUGAGGCCGUCAAUGGUGGAGGUAGCGGCGGAGCUGGAGGAGAUCCGACGGAGCAAGUGGGAAGAAGGGGGAUUGAAGUGUAAGGAAAUGGAAUUAGUAGUUGAAAUUGGGAGCUCAAAAUCUAGCCAUGGAGGAGGGGAUUACUUUUCAAGAGGCUCUGUUGAAGAUUCAUGGCGGAGUGAACAGAGCUCGCCGUCAUCCAGUAGUUUGCUAAAUAAUGUCCUUUUGUGAUGAUCCCAAUUUUGAUUUUUUUUUCCAUUUGGGGUGACUUUUUUUUUUUGUGUAUUUUUCAAAAGGGAAAAAUAAAUUUGAAGUUAAUGUACUUUGUUAAGAAAUGAUUUAAUCAAAAUUAAACUCCUAAAAUUGGUAACGAUGUUCCAUC